UCGUCGGGGCCCUCUGCUGGACACCCCAGGCUUCAUGACAGACACCUAAUCCGUGCAAACGCCUCCCGAAAACCCCGUAGCUCGCUGGCGGAGGUCCUCUUCUCGUGAUCCGCCAUCAGGAACGCGCCUGUGGUGGAUUGAACGCCAGGAUGCAGAUUUUCGUCAAAACCCUUACGGGGAAGACCAUUACCCUCGAGGUUGAGCCUUCUGACACCAUCGAAAAUGUCAAGGCUAAGAUUCAGGACAAAGAAGGAAUUCCUCCUGACCAGCAGAGGUUGAUCUUUGCUGGAAAGCAGCUGGAGGACGGCCGCACGCUGUCUGACUACAACAUCCAGAAGGAGUCAACUCUGCACUUGGUGCUGAGACUGCGAGGCGGUGCCAAGAAAAGGAAGAAGAAGUCCUACACCACUCCCAAAAAGAACAAGCACAAGAGGAAGAAGGUCAAGCUCGCAGUGCUCAAAUACUACAAGGUGGAUGAGAACGGGAAAAUCCACCGGCUGAGACGCGAGUGUCCCGCUGAUGAGUGCGGCGCCGGCGUGUUCAUGGCGAGCCACUUCGACCGGCAUUACUGUGGGAAAUGCACCCUGACGUACUGCUUCAACAAACCCGAGGACAAGUAGACAGGGAGGGGGCGGAGCCAAUAAAGAUGAAAACUUUGACUUA